AUGUCUCCUACUGUUGAGAGCCAAUACUUGAUACUCUACUUCGUCAUUCCUCUUCUCCCCAUCUCUUACAUACUUUGCAGUAUAUACUCCCAAGUCCAACAGUACCGCGUUUCACGCACAAGGGGGUGCAAGGAUGCCCAAUCCAAGGCCCCCGUCAAGGACCCCUUUAUCGGACUCGAUUUCAUAUGGGACUGCCUGUUUGCAAAGCCCGUCGAAAAGUAUCUCGAUUCGACAUACAGAACCUUUCAGCAACUGGGCAAUACAUAUAUCUGCAGACGAUGGACAUGGGAGGCCGUGUACACGUGCGACAGCCGCAACAUCAAGCACGUCCUCGCCACGGGCUUUGACGACUUCAAGCUCCCCCGUCUGCGAGUCAACGCCAUGACGGGUAUGCUAGGAAGCGGCAUCUUUACGCUCAACGGACACUCGUGGUCUCACGCUCGCGGCGUCCUGCGGCCGUGCUUUGCGAAGCAGAACAAGGAGUCCAUUGUCGCCAUGCUGGAGAGGCACUUCCAGGCUCUGCUCGGGAGAAUCCCAACAGAAGCCGGGACGACCAUCGACCUGCAGCCGCUCUUCUUCUGGCUUACCAUGGACUUUGCGACGGACUUCCUCAUGGGCCACUCCACGCAUGUGCUCAAUCGAGCCUCGAGCCAUGCCAAAGAGAAGCAGUUUGUCAAUGACUACUUGACGUGCUCGACGGAGAUUGUGCGCAAGAUGCAGCUCGGUCCGCUCCAAAUGUUCUCCAUCAACUUUGCCGCCAUGAGAGCGCGGAGUCGUGUCUUUCAGUACAUUGACAACUUCAUCAGCGCAUCUCUGGACAGCGGAAAGGGGGACGACGAGUCCUUGAACACGGCCUGCAAUGUGCUUCAGGGGCUCGCAGCCGUGGCAACGGAUCGGAAGCAGCUCCGCGACCAAAUCCUCCACAUCUUGGUUGCGAGCCGCGAUACGACGGCUUGCUUGCUGAGUAACUUGUUCUUUGUCCUGGCGAGAAAGCCACACAUUUACAACAAGUUGAGGCGAGAGGUUACUUCCAUUGCGGGGGUUGAGCCCGCGACAAGCAUGCAGCUGAACAACAUGGAGUAUCUGAAAUGGUGUGUCCAGGAGUCGUUGCGACUCCAUCCCGUAAUCCCGACAAAUGCUCGCGAGGCCUCCAAAGACACCGUCCUCCCAUAUGGCGGCGGCGAAGACGGGAACUCGCCUCUCCUCAUCAAGAAGGGCAACCUCGUCAUGUACAACAUAUACGCCAUGCACCGCGACGCUCACGUCUUCGGCCCCGAUCCCGAAGAGUUCGUGCCCGAGAGGUGGAACGGGUUGAGACCGGGUUGGGGGUAUCUGCCCUUCAAUGGCGGACCGAGAAUCUGUAUUGGCCAGAAGUUUGCUCUCUUGGAGACGCAUUAUCUGGUGUCGAGGAUGGUGCAGACGUUUGAGACGAUGAGGGCGAGUGACGACGAUGCGGAGUGGGUUGAGCUUUAUGCUCUGGCGACGACGUGUAAAGAUGGAGUGCAUGUCAGUCUUACAAGGGCUUAG